AAAAGAGGCUAUUACUGAGUGAGCUACGUGAGUUGCAGAGAGACUCUCCUCUCUCUUUCUUUCAUUUCACUUGCGUUUGCAUUGCUAUGACACUGACAAGAUGAGGAAUCAAACGCUGCGUUUCACGCUCCUCCUCCUCCUCUGCUCCUCCGUCAUCUCCUGGAAGAAAGAAGAGUUCAGAAACUGCGAUCAGACCCCAUUCUGCAAGCGAGCCCGAUCCCGCACCCCCUCCUCCUCCGCCCUCAUCGCCACCCAUGUCACCAUCUCCGACGGCGACCUCACCGCCAACCUCCUCCCCAAACACCCACCCUCCGACACCGACCCCAAACCCUUGAUCCUCACCCUCUCCGUCCACAACCACGGCAUCCUCCGCCUCACCAUCGACGAAGACGCUUCCCUCAACCCGCCCAAGACCCGCUUCCGAGUCCCCGACGUCGUCGUCCCCGAGUUCCCCUCCACCAAGCUCUGGCUCCAGCGUCUCACCUCCGAGGAUCUCCCCUCCGCCUCCUCCUCCGUCUACCUCUCCGACGGCCACUCCGCCGUCCUCCGCCACGACCCCUUCGAGCUCUUCAUCCGUCACGACGCCACCGGCGACCGCGUCAUUUCCCUAAACUACCACGGCCUCUUCGACUUCGAGCAAUUGAGGACGGAGAAAACCGAAGGCGAGGAAUGGGAAGAGCGAUUCCGGAGCCACACCGAUAAGAGACCACACGGCCCUCAAUCGAUCAGCUUCGAUGUGUCAUUCCACGGCGCCGAUUUCGUCUCCGGCAUCCCCGAACGCGCUGCAAGCCUCGCGCUGAAACCUACCAAAGGACCCAACGUUGAUCACUCUGAGCCUUACCGUCUCUUCAACCUGGAUGUGUUUGAGUAUGUUCACGAUGCACCGUUCGGGCUCUAUGGCUCGAUCCCGUUCAUGGUUUCGCACGGCAAGGCUAGGGGAUCUUCUGGGUUCUUCUGGCUCAAUGCGGCCGAGAUGCAGAUUGAUGUUCUUGCCCCGGGAUGGGACGCUGAGUCUGGGAUCUCGCUGCCUUCUUCUAAGGGAAGGAUCGAUACGUUGUGGAUGAGCGAGGCGGGUGUGGUUGAUGCGUUUUUCUUCAUUGGUCCUGGCCCUAAGGAUGUUCUGAGGCAGUACUCGGCGGUGACCGGAGCUCAGGCGAUGCCGCCGAUGUUCUCGGUGGCUUAUCACCAAUGCCGGUGGAACUACCGCGACGAGGAGGAUGUGGCGCAGGUGGAUUCGAAGUUUGAUGAGGUGGACAUUCCUUAUGAUGUGCUGUGGCUUGAUAUUGAGCAUACCGAUGGGAAGAGGUAUUUUACUUGGGAUAGUGUGCUUUUCCCUCACCCUGAGGAGAUGCAGAGGAAGUUGAGUGAUAAGGGUAGGAGAAUGGUGACCAUUGUGGAUCCUCAUAUUAAGAGGGAUGAUUCAUAUUUUUUGCACAAGGAAGCCUCAGAAAAAGGGUAUUAUGUUAAGGAUUCCAGUGGCAAUGAUUUUGAUGGUUGGUGCUGGCCUGGUUCAUCGUCCUACGCCGACACUUUGAACCCUGAGAUUAGGAACUGGUGGGCUGAUAAGUUUUCUUAUCAGAGUUAUGUUGGUUCCACUCCUUCACUUUACAUAUGGAAUGACAUGAAUGAGCCUUCUGUCUUCAAUGGUCCUGAGGUGACAAUGCCUAGAGAUGCUUUACAUUAUGGAGGUGUGGAACAUCGGGAGUUGCACAAUGCCUAUGGAUAUUACUUCCACAUGGCGACAGCUGAAGGGCUAUUAAAGCGUGGUGAAGGAAAAGACAGACCAUUUGUUUUAUCAAGAGCAUUAUUUGCUGGAACUCAAAGGUAUGGAGCAGUUUGGACUGGGGAUAACACUGCUGAUUGGGAUCACCUACGAGUUUCUAUCCCAAUGAUUUUGAGUCUUGGUCUUACUGGGAUGUCAUUCACUGGUGCUGAUGUUGGUGGAUUUUUCGGGAAUCCUGAACCUGAGUUAUUGGUUCGCUGGUAUCAGUUAGGAGCUUACUAUCCUUUCUUUAGGGCCCAUGCCCAUCAUGAUACAAAAAGACGAGAACCAUGGUUGUUUGGAGAACGAAAGACAGAAUUGAUCAGGGAUGCUAUACAUAUUCGUUAUGCGCUUCUCCCCUAUUUCUACACAUUAUUCAGGGAGGCUAACACUACUGGCGUUCCUGUGGCCCGUCCAUUAUGGAUGGAAUUCCCAUCUGAUGAAGCUACUUUUAGCAAUGAUGAAGCUUUCAUGGUUGGGAACAGUAUUUUAGUGCAAGGGAUCUAUACUGAGCGAGCUAAACACACAUCUGUCUAUCUGCCCGGAAAAGAAUCCUGGUAUGACCUAAAAACUGGAACUGUGUACAAGGGAGGGGUGACACACAAGCUGGAGGUUACAGAGGAGAGCAUUCCUGCUUUCCAGAGAGCUGGCACCAUUCUACCAAGGAAAGAUCGAUCUCGGCGGAGUUCCACUCAGAUGACAAAUGAUCCCUAUACUCUGGUUAUAGCUCUGAAUAGUUCUCAAGCAGCUGAAGGUGAAAUCUACAUUGAUGAUGGCAAAAGCUUUGAUUUUCUACAAGGGGGCUACAUCCACAGACGUUUUAUUUUCUCAAAUGGGAAACUUUCAUCUGUAGACCUGGCACCUUCUUCUGGUGGCAAUGUUCGGUAUUCAUCAGAUGUUGUCAUUGAGAGGAUUAUCCUUCUGGGUCAUGCUCCUGGCUCCAAAAAUGCACUCAUUGAACCAUCAAACCAGAAGGUUAAUAUCGAACUUGGUCCCCUUUGGGUUCAUAGGGCACAAUCCCCAGCUGUCACGACCAUACGUAAACCUAAUGUCCCUGUUGCAGAAGAUUGGACCAUAAAAUUUUUGUAACUUAAAGUGCAAAAUGAGAUUUUUGUUUGUAGUUGAGUUGAUUUGAAGUUGACCCGCAAAUGUUGGCGCAAGAAGGAAAGAGAAGCACUAGUCUUGAAGAAUGGAUUUGCACCAAUACAAGUUGAGAGGCUUGUUUAAUGACACUUAGGAUUUGAGAUCAUGAAAGAUUUGAUUUGAUAAGAUAAAUUUUUAUCAUCUGGAAUGGUGCCCCACUUGUUUUGUGGUCCGUUUCUGUUGUGUUGGUUCUUAGAAAAGUAGAUGUGAUGAUGAAUGCAAUAACACUUUGUAGGUUUAGGUAGGUUGGAAAAUCAAAUUAUUCAGUCAUACAAGGAUUGUUAUCUGAUUUUUCUUUUCAUAAAUAAAAAUUGAGUAACUUAUUGUAUGCAUAAA